UGCGUCGCCGUCUCUUGUUUCCGCCGGUCUGGCAGCAGCUGAGGCGGCGCCGGGGAAAGUUACAACAGCGGCAGCAGAGGAAGGAGUGGCGCCGUUUGGAACGGCCGCGAGCGAGCCACCCCCCCCCUCCUCAAAAUAAAUAAAUAAGGGCGCGGAGGGAUGUGCGAACCUAGCAAGCACGAUUUGGUGACUGUCUUCAAGCGGCUCCGCACCGUCCCCACGAACAAGUUAUGUUUUGACUGUGGAGCAAAAAAUCCAAGCUGGGCCAGCAUAACAUAUGGAGUUUUCCUCUGUAUUGACUGCUCUGGGACUCAUCGCUCACUUGGAGUUCACUUGAGUUUCAUUCGAUCUACAGAAUUAGACUCAAACUGGUCAUGGUUUCAGUUGAGGUGCAUGCAAGUUGGAGGAAAUGCAAAUGCUUCUGCAUUCUUUCAUCAGCAUGGUUGCGCCACAAGUGAUACCAACGCCAAGUAUAGCAGUCGUACUGCACAGCUCUACAGAGACAAGAUUAGAUCUCUUGCAACUCAGGCAACACGGAAAUAUGGCACAGAUUUAUGGAUCGAUGGCUCCGGAGCCCCUCCUUUAUCACCUCAAGAGAAAGAAGAGGACUUCUUCGCCUCUCAUAGCUCUACUCAGGUUAUUGACCAGAAAUCAGCACCACAGGAAACAAUUAAUCCACUGGAGAAUUCUUCAGAAAAUAAUUCAGAAAGCAAAGACGAAGAUCCAGAAUAUGGACCAAGUGUUGAUUAUCUUAGUGUAUCGCCUGAAGCUUCUUUAGCCAACUUGGAGAAGGUAAAUACUUCAGGCACGGCACCUAACAAAGAAAUCAGCUGUGUGAUGAAGAAGAAACCAAAUCAAGUAAAAAAGGGAGUUGGAGCUAAGAAAUGUGGUUUGGGGGCCCAGAAAAUGAGCAGCAAGAGUUUUAAUGAGAUAGAAAAACAAGCACAGGCAGUAGAUAAACUGAAGGAAGCUGGCAAAACAACAGAGAAGGAAGAACCACUGGUAUCAUCUUUACGACUGGCCUACAAAGAUCUUGAAAUUCAGAUGAAGGAUGAAAAACGAAAUGUGCCUGGUAAAAAGAAAACAGAGAUAGAAAGACUUGGCAUGGGAUUCAGUAAUAGUAGAAGUGGUAUUUCUCAUUCGGUAAGUUCAGAUAUGCAGAUCAUACAACAAGAAACACCAACAAGUGCAAAAUCAAGAAAAAACUAUAAUGAUGAAGAUGAUUUGUAUUUUUCUUGCUCCAAUUCAAGAUAUUUUGAUUCACCUGACUUGAGAAGUAGUGCUUUUUCUAAAUGGGAUGACAAUUCUGAUUCAUUCUGGAAGAAAGAAAGCAGCAGAGACAUUGAUAUGAUUUUGUCUUCCAAGCCUACAAGCUAUUCAGAGAGGUCAUCGUCUCGUAGGAAACUAGAGCAUGAAAACUCUGCAAGCACAGAUGAAGCACAAAAGAAAUUUGGCAAUGCAAAAGCUAUUUCAUCAGAUAUGUAUUUUGGAAAGCAAGACCAUGCUGAAUAUGAAGCUAGAAUACGGUUAGAAAGGCUUUCCGGAAAUGCUGCCAUAAGUUCAGCUGAUUUGUUUGAAGAUCAAAAGAAACAGCCAUCAGGCAAUUACAGUAUUUCAAAUGUUUUGCCUGCUGCUCCUGAUAUGACUCAGUUUAAACAAGGAGUGAAGUCUGUGGCUGGAAAGCUUUCUGUCCUGGCAAACGGAGUCAUGACUUCUAUUCAGGACCGCUAUGGUUCUUAAGCAUUAUGGUGACUGGAUAACUAGAAGAUUUUUUAAAAAAGUUUCUAUGUCUACCAAUAAUUAUAUUGCAGACUAACAUGAAGUUCCUUUUAGUCUGUAAAAUAUGUAAUCCUAAUUUCUGGCACUUGUACAUUUUUAAUGGGAGUCCUUUUUGGGGGGGCUCCUCAUGAUAUUCAUUUAUUAUUUUUGUCCGUCCCCCGCUGCCUUAUUGUACUACAAGUUAAUUGGCUACAUUGAAUCUGCUUCUAAAACAGAGCAAGAAGCAAUAUGGGAUCCUAUUCACUUUCCCAGAAUAGUACUAGGCUAAGAAUUAAUUCAGUUUUAUAAAUCUGAGGGAUAAGUGGUUAUUUAAAGGAGCAGGAGAUUGACCUGCUCAUAAAUAACUUUUCAUUGUCUCUCUGAAGAGAAGGAGAGUGGCAGUUAAUUCCUUGAAAAGCGCUUAUUUUAGGGGGAGGGGAGGCAUUAAUCCCACCAAGACAUUUCACUCUGUGAGGAUCCAUGUAAUUGUUGAAAGAUUCAAAUACAUAAGAAUAAGAAAGUUUAAGAAAUGCAGAAGCCUAUAAGAUGUGCAAAAUUAUUAUGUGAGAGAUAAUGGUGGGGGUCUGUUCAGCAAAAAAAUAAAGUGUAUAAUUUUGUGUCAGAUUGCGUUCAGUAGAUAAUAAAUAGUAAAUAGAUGUGCACAUAACAGAUAACUGAAAGUUAGUACUGGUAGGUGCAAUAGAACAUUGGAGCAGUUUUUUGUUGCAUUAGUUUUCCAUUUAAGUUUGUUUCCUGAGGAUGAGACAUAUGUCUCCUUUAUUUAAAAUAGCAUAAGUUUGACAUAUUUAUUCAUCACAUUUAAUUUCAUUCCAUAAGUGCUUAUCUGCAAUCAAUAUGGUGUCUGAAAUAAAGAAUAAAUUGUAGGUAAAGAUAAAGUAAUAAGGAGACAUGCUCUCUGAAUCUAACCAUAUAGACCAGGGGUGUCAAACUCGCUUUGUCACCUGAGGUAUUGUGACUUCUUUCCCCUUCGCUAAAACGGGAAUGGGGGUGGCCAGUGUAUAACGCAUCUGGCCCACAGGCCACAGGUUUGACACCCCUGACAUAGACAGAUAAAAUGUUUAAAUAAUGAAGACUUCUUGCCUUGCAUCUGUGCAUAAAAAAACUUGCCA